AUGGCUCAGGACAAGAUAAAGGAGAAAGGUAUCAAAGCGAAACGCUCAUAUGAUCGAUGGGUUCGCAGUUCUGUACUAGAACCAGGAGAUCGUGUGUUGGUGCGUAAUCUUACCGAACGUGGUGGUCCUGGCAAGCUGAGGUCAUUUUGGGGGAAUGACAUCUACGUAGUGGUAAAUCGGAAGGGCCCGGAGAGCCCAGUGUACGAAACGAAGCGUGAGAACGGUAAGGGAAAGAAUAGGGUUCUACACCGAAAUUUACUUCUCCCUUGUGAUCAUUUACCCGCGGAAAACCCACAACCACCUACACCAAAACCACCCCCAGCAACCCUACGACACCAAAACAGACAACCAUCCAGAAACUUUACAGCGCAGGAUGAGGAAACCUCCAGCGACGAAGAAUUCUCUGACGUGGUAAUGGUCUCCCUACGUCGAGAAACGCUUUCUGCCCAAUUCCGAAACCCGCUACAAACAGACGAGGCAGUUCCUGAUCAAAGUGACAACCUGGCUGUGGACGACAAUUUAGAGACCCUUGAAUUGCAACCCCCUACCGAGACCGAAGAAAUAUUAGACCUCAGCGGUGAUCAGGAUAACCUAACCCCCACCAUACCUGUAGUUGAAAAUCCGAGACCACAGCGAGUACGGCACCCACCUGAUUGGCUAACCUGCUACAACCCUGGUGAGACAGACCCGUUUAGAAUAUUCCCCAUUUCAGCUACAGUUUCACCCAAUGUAUGGCAACCCCUUCAGCAACCCAACCAAUCCAACUGGUUCCUAAACCCUCCAUUUCCCUGCCUUGCAUCCCAAAAUCAUUUUCCUUACCCCCCACCUUUCCCCGGAACUCAUCUAUUCAACCUAAUAUAUACUAUCCCUAACCAAGUCCCUCCGUUUCAUGGACGCCCAAUGCAAGUGAUGCCGUACCCAAUAUACUGA